AUGAGUCGUCCUGAACAUAUUUCGCCACCUGAGUUUUAUUACAAUGAAAAAGAAGCAGCCAAGUAUAAUUCAAGCUCACGUAUAAUUAAAAUACAAGAAGAACUUUCGAAUCGUGCGAUUGAAUUAUUGAAUUUACCCCAUGGACAAGAAGCAUUUAUACUAGAUGUUGGGUGUGGUAGUGGUCUUAGUGGAGUUGCACUUGAAGAGCAUGGACAUGCAUGGGUUGGUGUCGAUAUCAGUAAAGACAUGUUGGAUAUUUCUUCAGAGCGUGAUAGUAGUGGAGAUGUCUUUCUACAAGAUAUGGGAGGAGGUCUACCCUUUCGUCCAGGAGUAUUUGAUGGUUGUAUCAGUAUCUCAGCCGUUCAAUGGCUUUGUUACUCGGAUAAGAAAGAACAUACAGCUCGUAAACGUCUUACACGCUUUUUUACGUCAUUAUACACGUGCUUGAAGACUGGCAGUCGAGCCGUGUUGCAGCUAUACCCGGAAACACCAGAGCAGAUGGAAGAGAUUUCAGCUACCGCCAUGCGCUGCGGUUUCUCAGGUGGACUUGUGAUUGACUUUCCCAACAGUGCAAAGGCGAAGAAAUUCUUUCUUUGUCUUUUUGCUGGAUACAUGCACCAACAACAGGUUCCACAGGGUCUCGGUACGGAAGCCACGGCAAACCAGAUCUCGUACGAAGGACGCGCUCGAAACGAACGUCAACGCCGAGGCAAGGGGCGUGAAGCUGUUAAAGUCAAGGACUGGGUAAUGGCGAAGAAAGAGCGCUACCGUAAGCAGGGCAAGAAAGUCAAGUCCGAUAGCAAAUUUACAGGCAGAAAGCGUCCGGGCAAGUUUUAA